AAUUCCUUUGGAGAAUUCUAACGAAGGGCGAGCUCAUACUAAAUUAUCCCAAUCGGGGAAACACGAACCAGCCCCGGUUUCUUGACUAAGCCUGGAGCCUGAGGUCUCAGUGGGAAACGCACUAAGCUCGAUCCAGUCGCACCAUGCCCCCGAACCGGUUUAGCACGCGACAUCAUCUUCCCGCCGCCAGUCAAGCUCAGCCCGACCGACCGACCACCACUACUUUACCGCAGGGGCAAGCAGCGCAUCCGUCGCAUCCACCAGACUUCCAACAAAGAGAAAAAACAUCUCUCACAGUCAUGAGAGACCCCGUCUGAAUUAACAAUCACCCACGUUCACAAAUCUCCCACCUUAUAGGCGACAUUUACAUGCACCCCGAUCCCAUCUUUCGCGGACAUAUACAAACCCGGUAGUAUGACUGACUAUUCGAAAUUGAAGGUCACCGACCUCAAGGCGGAGUUGAAGCGGCGCGGCAUCGCGCAGACCGGCCUGCGCGUGAAACAGCAAAUUAUCGAACGAUUGGAGGAAGAAGAUGCUCGCGAAGCUGCAGGACAGAAUGCGACCGCGGAACCCGGCUCGGAUCGCGAUCAUGCGCAGGACGAGGGAGUCAAUGAUGAGCCUGCGCCGCGAUCGGAGGAAGCACAACCUGCGCCACAGGAGGAGCCGGAGGUAGAGCCGGCCACAAACGCGGACUCGAUUCCUGAAGACACGUCGAAGCAAACGGACCUAACGCACAUCGCGCCCGAAGAGACAUUCAAGCGGACAGAACCGGAGGAUUCGACACAGGCACCGGAAAAGAAGCCGGAGCAGAAUGGCGCUGCGGAAGUUCAACCGGAGACUGUAGAGGAGGCGAUACCCGCCGGCGAUCAGGUCGUGGAGGAACCGUCAGAACAACAGAAGGAGGAGCGAUCGGAGACAAAAGUGCAGGUGGAAGAAGCUCGCGAUGCCACAGCCGUCUCUGCAGCGAACGACACAAAGAUUGAACCACCUGCCGCCCCGGUUGAGCAGGCUCCCAGAGAUGCAACGGUGCGGGAGGAGCCCACGGCGGCCAAGCAACAAGACACAGAGCUCAAGGAGACCGCUUUGUCUACGAGUCUUUCCUCGGAGAUGAACACAGCAUUUUCAACACCUCUCCCCGCCGAGGAGCUGUUAGAGGAUCGACGCAAGCGCAAGCGUCGUAGCCAGAGUCCUGUGCCCACGCCGGAAGCCCUCGCCAUCAAAAAAGCGAAGGCGCAAGAAGAGGAACCCCGCGUGCUUCUGCCUGAAGAUCAAGGAUCAUCUGUUAUGGAGGUGGAUCAGCAGGGAGAAGAAGGGGCAGCAAUUCCGCGAGAACCCCCUGAGGCACGUGCUGAGCCUGAGACAGCGGAGCCUGGUCGGGAAAUGGAAUCUGUCCCGGCCGCAGAUGAUGCAACCCUCACAGCCAAGAAAGAGGCCCCGCCGAAACAUGAUGUCCGUUUCAAAGGUCUCUUCGUGGCCCCGGAAGCCGACCAGGCCCGUCCGCCAUCCCCUCCCCCUGAUAUCGCUGCGGACGAUGUCGAGGUCGAGCCUGCCCUACAUGCUGCCACCGCUGCGCUCUACGUGGGAGGACUGAUGCGGCCGAUGCAGCCGGCGACCCUCCGAAAUCAUCUCAUCAGUCUUGCCUCUGCACCCGAUGCUUCCCCCGAUGCUAGUGUGAUCCUCGACUACUACCUGGAUCCCAUCAAAACACACUGCUUUGUGAGCUUUACGAGUGUUUCGGCCGCGUCGCGGGUCCGGACAGCCCUUCACGGGACUAUAUGGCCCAACGAACGUAAUCGGAAAGCGUUAUUCGUCGACUUCAUCCCGGAAGACAAGCUACGAUCAUGGGUUGAACGAGAGGAGGGCACUCGAGAGCGCGGUGGCCCCCCACCGCGUUGGGAGGUGAGAUACGACCGGAUCGAUGACGGUGUCGAAGCUGUGCUGGAAGAAAUUGAUGCUCGGAACCCGGCGACUCAACCUGCGCGCGCACCUGAGCUCACUGGCUUUUCUCGUCCGCCGCCUACCGGUCCCCGUGCAGAUGCGCGGGGUCCAAGUCGACGUCCCAGUAGCCCUGGCGUCGCACGGUCGGAAUCCCAUCCGGGCCAAGGGUUCAAACCGUUGGACGAACUGUUUAUGUCCACCACGACCAAGCCCAAGCUAUACUAUCUGCCCGUCACCCGGGAGGUGGCCGAUCGACGCCUCGAUCGGUUCGACGAUCUGCUACGAAAAGGCGCAUUUCCCCGACGAGGAGGGGAUGAGACGCGUCGCAUUACAUUCGAAGACGGCGACUUGUUUGUGGACAAGGGACCCGAAUAUCUAGGAGGUGGACGUGGUCGGCGAGGCGGCGGCCGCGGCGGCCGAGGACGGGGAGGGGGAGGGAUGGGUGAUUCGUGGCGAGACGACCGACGCAAUCGAUAGUAAGGAUACCUAGUAAGGUAGAGACAGCUGAUGAAUGGAUGUAGUCAUCCGUACUCGUGUACAGUAGGCGAGGGGGGUCGAGAAGGAUGGAUGUAAAUUAGGUGAUAACUGCGCAAGGGUGGAGUCCCCCACUAGUCUAUGCAAUGAAGAAUGCUGCUUGGCUGUCAGUCCUGCGGAAGAAGAGUACUUAAUAAAAAAAAGAACGGGGCUGUGGUAUUC